CAGACUCCAGACACAAAACAUAGCAUUUGGUUCGGGCGAAGAAGUGGACGGUAUAAGCGACCGAGCGGAUUGUCUUGUGUGGAAAGAAAUCAAAUUUUUCUUGUGAAAUAGUGCAUAAUAGCAAUAAAUUUGCAUUGUUAAAGGCGUGUGUAUCCUUCCGUCGGCGUGCAAGGAGUCCACACUCCCACACCCACCCAGGCUCUGGAGCCAGUCGUGCUCCAGAAAUCAUCGAAUCUCCGUGAAAACCCGUGAAAUCUUGUGCCAUUGUUUCCCACUGCGGGGAGUGUGAGUGUGUGCGUGCGUGUGCGCGUGUGAAAAAGGAUACGUGUGUACCGUAUACCGGAAGCAAGUGAGCCCGACCGACCGCGCAAAAAAAAAAACAGCGAAGAAGAUGGUGAUGCUGGUGGUUCGCGACACAUCGCGUACCGUAGCAAUCGCUGCUGCGUUGCUCUGCUUAUUAAGUGGCUUCAAUUGUCUCAAUGGAGUGCUGGCUGCUGGCAAGGUGGACGACUCGAAGGGCCCCGUCUUCCUGAAGGAACCGACCAACCGGAUCGAUUUUUCCAACUCAACGGGCGCCGUGGUUGAGUGUAGCGCGACCGGCAAUCCACCACCGGAAAUGAUCUGGAUCCGUAGCGAUGGUACGGCCGUCGGCGAUGUGCCCGGACUGCGACAGAUACUGCCGAACGGAAAUCUGGUGUUCCCCCCGUUCCGGGCGGAAGAUUACCGGCAGGAGGUGCACGCGCAGGUGUACGCCUGCAUGGCCAAGAACCAGUUCGGAUCGGUUAUUUCGCGCGAUGUCAACGUUCGUGCCGUGGUCCAGCAGUACUACGACUCGGAGGUUAACAAUGCGUACGUUAUCCGUGGCAAUUCGGCUAUUCUGAAGUGCUCCAUACCAUCGUUCGUGGCGGACUUUGUUGGUGUCGUUUCGUGGAACGAUGAUGCAGGCAACGUCUAUCAGCAUAUCGAUAAUCGUUCGCAAUCGUCCGACGUACAAGACCUAGAGAUUGACGGUAAAUACAUGGUUCUGCCGUCCGGUGAGCUACAUAUCCGUGAAGUUGGACCUGAGGAUGGUUACAAGAGCUACCAGUGCCGCACGAAGCAUCGUCUGACGGGAGAGACACGUCUUUCGGCCACCAAGGGACGACUGGUGAUCACAGAACCUCUCGGUAGGGUGUCUCCCAAGCUAGAUUCCACCUCCAAGAUCGUGACGGCAGAAGUGAGGCGUAGUAAUACGAUCGCAUUACUUUGCUCUGCCCAGGGCUACCCGAUAGCCGUUUUUAGAUGGUAUAAAUACAUUGAAGGAACGCAGCAAAAGAAGGCCGUCGUACUGGACGAUCGUGUGAAGCAAGUGUCCGGUACGCUCAUCAUCAAGGAUGCGGUAGUAGACGACUCUGGCAAGUACCUGUGCGUGGUGAACAAUUCGGUCGGUGGCGAAAGUGUGGAAACGGUGCUGACGGUGACGGCACCGCUAGCAGCAAAGAUCGAACCCCGCACACAAACGGUAGACUUUGGCCGUCCGGCCGUGUUUACGUGCAAGUUCUCGGGCAAUCCCAUCAAAACCGUUUCCUGGAUGAAGGAUGGCAAAUCGCUCGGUCACAGUGAUGCGGUGUUGCGCAUUGAGUCGGUGAAGAAGGAGGAUAAGGGCAUGUACCAGUGCUUCAUCCGUAACGAUCAGGAAAGUGCUCAGGCCAGUGCGGAACUUAAGCUUGGCGGACGCUUUGACCCACCGAUAAUUCGUGAAGCAUUCCCCGAGGAAACGCGUCAUCCAGGACCGUCCGUUUUCCUGAAGUGUGUUGCCGGCGGUAACCCAACGCCCGAAAUCAGCUGGGAGCUGGAUGGAAAGAAAAUCACAAACAGCGAACGGUACCAGGUCGGACAGUACGUGACGGUGAAUGGUGACGUUGUGUCGCAUCUGAAUAUUACGUCGAUCCACUCGAACGAUGGUGGUUUGUACAAGUGUAUGGCGAGCAGCAAAGUUGGUGUUGCUGAGCAUUCGGCUAAGCUAAAUGUGUACGGUCUACCGUACGUGAGAACGAUGGAAAAGAAGGCAAUUGUUGCUGGGGAAACGUUGAUCGUCACCUGCCCGGUAGCUGGCUAUCCUAUCGAAUCGAUUGUUUGGGAACGAGACAACCGACAACUGCCCAUCAACCGCAAGCAGAAAGUGUUUCCGAACGGAACUCUGAUCAUCGAAAACGUCGAACGAAACUCGGACCAAGCUACGUACACCUGCGUUGCGAAGAACUCGGAAGGAUAUACUGCGCGCGGUACACUGGAAGUUCAAGUCAUGGUUCCUCCCAAAAUAGCUCCCUUUACCUUCGGCGAAGAACCGCUGAACUAUGGCGAUUCGGCCCUGAUCUACUGUAGCAUUACGUCUGGUGAUUUUCCGAUCAAAAUCGAGUGGUAUCUUAACGACGACCCGGUCGAUCAGUUGGAUCCGUUCUACAACAUUAAUCAGGCCGAUUUCGGAAAGAAAGCCAAAGCACUAUCGAUCGACGGUGUUAACGAACGUCACGUGGGCAACUACACCUGUCGGGCCACCAAUCUGGCAGAGACGGCAACCUUCUCGGCGAUACUGAAUGUGAAUGUACCACCAAGAUGGAUUCUGGAACCAACUGACAAAGCCUUUGCUCAGGGAUCAAACGCCAAGGUAGAAUGCAAAGCCGAUGGUUUCCCCAAGCCACAGGUCACCUGGAAGAAGGCAGUGGGAGACACUCCUGGAGAGUAUAAGGAUCUACGAUCGAAUGAUUCAAGCAUUCGCGUUGAAGAAGGAUCACUAUUCAUCCAGAACAUCCAGAAAUCGAACGAAGGAUACUAUCUGUGCGAGGCGAUCAACGGCAUCGGAUCGGGGUUGAGUGCAGUAACAUUGAUCACCGUUCAAGCGCCUCCAGAGUUUGUUGAGAAGUUGCGCAAUCAAACCGCACGUCGCGGUGAACCGUCCGUACUGCAGUGUGAGGCGAAGGGCGAGAAACCGAUUGGCAUUCUCUGGAACAUGAACAACAUUCGGCUGGACCCGAAGUCGGACAACCGGUACACGAUUCGUGAAGAAAUUCUGACCAAUGGCGUUACCUCUAGCCUGUCGAUCAAGCGCACGGAACGUAGCGAUUCGGCACUGUUCACCUGCAUGGCUACGAAUGCUUUCGGUAGCGAUGAUACUAGCAUCAACAUGAUCAUCCAGGAACCGCCAGAGAUGCCCUACGCGCUGAAGGUGCUGGACAAAUCGGGACGCACGGUGCAGCUGAGCUGGGCCAAACCGUACGAUGGUAACUCACCGCUGAAGCGAUACAUUAUUGAGUUCAAACGAUCCCGCGGAUCUUGGGAAAAUGAUAUUGAUCGCGUGAUUGUUCCUGGCGAUACGAACGAGGCUCAGGUGCAGAAGCUCAGCCCGGCAACGACGUACAACAUUCGCAUUGUGGCGGAGAACGAAAUUGGGGUGUCGGAUCCUUCGGAUGUGGUAACGAUCAUUACGGCGGAAGAGGCACCAUCCGGUAAGCCGCAGGCAAUCAAGGUUGAAGCUAUCAAUCAGUCGACACUGCGCGUCAGCUGGAAGGCACCGCCGCGCGCUGAAUGGAACGGAGAUAUUUUGGGAUACUAUGUGGGAUACAAGCAGUCGUCCGUUAACACGCUGUAUGUGUAUGAAACUGUAAACUAUUCGCCCGAGGGCGGAGAAGGCAAGGAACACAGCCUGGAGAUUAAUAACCUGAAGACAUACACGCAGUAUUCGAUCGUCAUUCAGGCGUUCAAUAAGGUUGGCGCUGGUCCGAUGAGUGAUGAAGAGAAGCAGUACACGGCCGAGGGUACACCCGAUCAGCCCCCGAGCGAUACGAUGUGCACAACGCUGACCUCGCAGACGAUCCGUGUGUCAUGGGUUAGUCCACCGCUGGAAUCGGCAAACGGUGUCAUCAAGGGAUAUAAGGUAGUGUACGCACCGAGCGAUCUGUGGAAUAACGAUAAGAACAAGGAUUACAAGAAGACGGCUUCUAGCGAUACGGUGCUGCAUGGAUUGAAGAAGUACACCAACUACACGAUGCAGGUGCUGGCUACUACAUCGGGCGGUGAUGGAGUGCGCAGUGCGCCGAUCCACUGCCAAACCGAACAGGACGUUCCGGAAGCACCGACCGCGGUGAAGGCUUUGGUUAUGUCCGAAGGAUCAAUCCUGGUUUCCUGGCAACCACCGGCACAGCCCAACGGUCUGAUCCUGCAGUACACGGUGUACAUCAAGAGUGGAGAUCAAGAACCGAAGAGCUACAAAGUACCAUCGUUCCAAAUCAACUAUGAGGCAUCGGGAUUGGAAAAGAAUCAGAAGUACGAAUUCUGGGUCACCGCUUCCACCACCAUCGGCGAGGGUCAAUCAUCGAAAACACUGUCCGCCAUGCCGAGUGAUAAGGUUCCAGCGAAAAUUGCUUCGUUCGACGACAAGUUUACUGCCACGUUCAAGGAGGACGCUAAGCUACCGUGCUUGGCCGUAGGCUCUCCCACGCCAGACAUUACCUGGAAGAUCAAGGGUGUAGAGUUUGUACCGAACGAGCGCAUUCGUCAGCUGCCGGAAGGUUCGCUGUUCAUUAAGGAUGUGAUUCGUCAGGAUGCUGGUGAUUACACGUGUACGGCGGAAAAUUCGAUUGCCAAAGAUUCGAUCACACAUCGGCUGAUUGUGCUGGCACCUCCCCAAUCGCCACAGCUUACACUCACUGCCACAACGACCGAUUCGCUGUCGGUUAAGCUGAAGCCUCACGAAUCGGACACUGCACCGCUGCAGGGUUACACGCUGCACUACAAGCCCGAGUUUGGCGAAUGGGAAACGAUCGACGUUGCGCUGGAAGCACCGAAAUACACCAUCGAAAAACUGUACUGUGGAUCACGCUAUCAGGUGUACGCGACGGCCUACAACACCAUCGGAGCAGGAGAGCCUUCGGAUAUACUGAACACGCGCACCAAGGGCUCGAAACCACUGCUGCCGGAGAAGUCACGAUUCAUCGAAGUUUCAUCGAACUCGAUCACGCUGCAUCUGCCGGCGUGGAAGGAUGGCGGUUGCCGCAUGUCUCAUUUCGUUGUCGAGCACAAGAAGAAGGAUCAGAUUGACUGGAACCAGAUUUCGAACAACGUCAAGCCGGGUGGAAACUUUGUUGUGUUGGACCUCGAACCUGCCACCUGGUACAAUCUGCGCGUGACCGCUCACAACAAUGCUGGCUUUACUGUUGCUGAAUAUGAGUUUGCCACUCUCACCAUCACGGGAGGUACGGUUGCGCCAAGCUUUGGUUCCGUCCAGCCUGGUACGAUCUACCCACCGUGGAUCCCGCACUGGAUCGACCUGAACGUAAUGGUACCACUGAUCGCAACCGUGAUCGUGGUGGCGGUAGGUGUACUAGUGAUAUGUGUAGCGAUCUCCCGGCGCCGAGACGAUGAUCCCCGAUGCGGACCGAAGGAUGUAUACUACGAUGUCGUGUACAAUCAGUCGAUGGGACCGGCCGGAGCUGCUACACUGGACAAGAGGCGACCGGAUAUCCGCGAUGAACUGGGCUACAUUGCACCGCCGAACCGUAAACUGCCCCCGGUACCAGGAUCGAACUACAAUACCUGCGAUCGCGUAAAACGUGGAACUGUGAUUAGCCAUAAUCCCUCCAUAAAAUCCAACCAUACCACAUGGGACCCGCGACGUCCGCUAUACGAAGAACUGAAGAAGGCUCCACCACCAUUGCCCAGACGUUUCAACCAUCCGCCGGCGUGUUAUGGCAUGGAAGACGAGAUUUGUCCGUACGCUACGUUCCAUCUGCUCGGAUUCCGGGAAGAGAUGGACCCGACCAAGGCAAUGAACUUCCAGACCUUCCCGCAUCAGAACGGUAUGGGCGGCCCCGGACACAUGGGAACGAUGGGAUCCAGUAUGGCCAUGCAGGUUCCUAGCCACGUACACUCGCGGUCCGGCUCUCAGUCAAUGCCACGCCAGAAUCGCUAUGCUCGCAAGAAUAGCCAGGGAGGCCAGAGCAGCAUCUACACACCGGCACCGGAAUACGACGAUCCGGCCAACUGUGCUGAGGAAGAUCAAUACCGACGCUACACACGCAUCAACUCUCAGGGCGGCUCGCUGUACUGUGGCCCCGGACCCGAGUACGACGAUCCAGCCAACUGCGCUCCGGAAGAUGAUCAGUACGGUUCGCAGUACGGUGGCAACUAUGGCACACCCUACGAACACUAUGGCUCCCGAGGAUCGGUUGGACGUCGCAGCGUAGGUUCUCCGGAACCACCACCACCGCCACCACGCAACCACGACACGAGCAACUCGUCGUUUAACGAUUCCAAGGAAAGCAACGAAAUUUCCGAAGCCGAAUGCGACCGCGACAAUGGUCCGCGCGGGAACUAUGGAGAACCAUCUGAGGCUUCAUCGAAAUCCAACGAUGCUAUUAACGGUGACGAAACAGAGAAAUUGUUGAAAAGAAACGAAGUCAAACCCAAGUACACCAAACAAACAGCAGCCUCCGGUAGCACAGGACUCACAGCCUACGAUACUAUGGCAGUGUAAUCUGUAAGCCAGUAAGUUCCGGGCGUGCAACGCCGCAACACACUCUGCAUAACAACCUCAUCAACUAGGUUCUGAUCAAACGGGGCAAAUACGAUGCCUGUAGCCUGUAGGUGUUGUACCCUCCCAAGUAGUAGUGUUGCGAUGCUGUGGCCAUCAAAUGUGUAAGUGUGCCGAGUUUUGCAUAAGGCGUCGGUGACAAGGAUGGACAGUAACAUACGGGCGCACGCACACACACGCACGAAUUUAGUUUGCAUCCGUUUAAUUUUGACUCUGCUGUGUGUGUGUGCAGGUGUCCAUUGUCCUUUUUGCGGUUAUGCGUUGGAUGGUUUCAGCAUAAUCAGCAUCAGACGACCCCCCUUCGUUACCGGCAACAGCCGGUAGGAAUCGAAUGUGUGCAGGUGUCCUUACGUUCGUUCGUUGUGCAUAUUUUAGUGAUAUGACGUACAUAGUGAAACAAACUUUACUUCGCAUUGAUAUUAAUAUGGGUUGAGUUAAGUAAGCGAACCAAAAAAUGAAGCGGGAGAACAAAAAUUUAUACACAUUUUUAAGUUAGCUUACGUAAUUACAACAGUGCGCACAUUUUUUCGAGAGUCACCAAAACGAGAUAGCAGAGACAGUGAGCCAGGUCCUGCAGCAAGUCUAACACUUUUACGACUAUAUAUAUAUAGAAACUAGUAUUUAAUCAUCCUUUUAUCUAGACUAUACCCCGAACAGCUGUGUGAGACAUUGUGGAUUUACGAAGGCAAAAAAAUGCGAUCCAUUUGACUUAAACUAAAAGAAAAGAAAAACUACACCAGAUAAGUGUUACCCUCACCGGAGUACCAGUAAUUGUCCACCAGUAAUUUAACGUAUAGUGUACACGUAACUGAUGAGCCAAAAACAUUUCGUUCGAAUGUUUGGUACGAUUUCUUCCAGUGCUGGUAAUUUUGUAACGCUCUUAUACGACGAUUUCACAAUUCUGUUUUUUUAAAAUAAUAAUGACUUUGAUGAUAACUUUCUUGACAUAAAUAGAUGGAAAAAUAAGACUCAAAUUCGGCACCCAGCUCCAUUUUAAUGCAUCACCUGUACUUGUCAAAUGCGAGGACAAAAAACCUCCAGGCCGCUACCGAAUCAUUACUGUCCAGGGAAAAAUAGUGUGUAGACAACAGAGAGCGCGAGAGCGAGUAAUUUGUAAUGUAUUAGGAGAGUCUGAAUAGAAAAAAAAAAACGAAACGAAACGUGUAUGCGGGAAACAAAAUGGGGGAAAACGACGCUAAACCAUUACUGUCCAGGGGCUGUCAACCAUGCGUUUGUUCAUUUCGUGCGCACUACUAGAACGUCUACCGGGGAUGGGAAAUCGUAUGGCGCAUCGCAUUUAAAUAGCCCUCCCAGCCGGGAGUAGUAAUAAUGCGUGAUGAAACAAACCAGAGAAAAAGGGAGAGAACCUCUACCCCUUAGUUUUAGUGUAUAUGUCCUCGAUUCUUCCGAGUUUUGCUACCUACUUUGCCUCCUACAUACGACUUGUGUGGAGCUACAUAUUGUGCGUUGGUUUUUGUCCCCGGUCCUUGGUUAUUUGAAUAUAAUGAAGAACUCACUCACACACAGAUACAGAAAAUACACACACACACGAAAACUAAAUCCAAUCGGUAGCUAGGUUUUUUAAACAAAUUGGACGCGCCACGUGAUCGUUGCCGAGGCCAUCUUGGAUUGUGUUACUUACCGGACCCGCUCAAGGCAACCGCGGCACGAUGUUUGCUCAAUCUAUUGCGAAUCGACUUAUUGGGGUUUUUUGCCCCCCGUUUUUGGGGGUCUAUUACACGGCUUCGAAUGUUGAUCCGUUUUUUUUCUUACACACCUGUCUCAAGUAACUGUAACUGGAAGGUUUUGUUUUUUUUUACAUCCCAGAGGUGAUCUUGAGUAGAAGUUGAGGUGAGCGCGUUUAAAGCGGCUAAUUUAGUGGUACGGUCGCCCGGUAGAAAGCUCUGCGGCCCUUUACCACAACAGCUUAUCGUCUGUGUGAGUUUUUUUUUUGUGGGUGUUAAAUGAUUCAUUUGCCACACUAUAACUAUGUGUUCAUCGGCAGCUCCGAUGAGUUGCUAGAGUGACAACUAGGCAGAAAUCGGGAAUCCACCUAAAUAGUCGCUUCAUUAUUAUGUUCCCGCCACACACAUGUGACAAACAUUUAAAUUUUAAGCAUGACAUAUUUAAUAAUGCGUUUAAGCGUCGUCUGACAGGUUCGAUAUGGGCGUCGGCUUAUUAGCACUCUGGCAAAAGUAAAGUUUUUCUAGCGCAAAGGUAAAGCGAAGAAGAAGCAAAAGGACUAGAAAUGUGUGAAACUGUUUCAAGUACAUGUCGUGUUUCCUUCCUAACAUUAUUAAAACUAAAACCAUUAUCAGUGUGACGUAAAUAAAAUGCAAAGAAUCAGCAAACAAAAUAGCAAACUUAGACAUUACUAAUCCCAGCCCGCAAACAAACAAAAAAUCCCACAUAAGGCAGACACAAACCAAAUGGUAGUGGGGGUAGUGUGUGAGUAAAACAGUAUAAUCAUAUGCAAAGACACACACACACACAGUUACAGGUGCAUAAUUGGUUGAUAAACGCAAGUAACAGCAUGAACCGAACGAGAUUAAUUAAGAUACAUUGAUUGACAAGAGAUAAAUUUUGGUAAUCGGGUUCCAUCACUUCAAUUUUCUGAACAAUGAACAUUGAAAUCAGCCUUCUAGUCAUUUUCUUCCAUUUUUUUUGGUGUUCAAAAUUAGCACUAAAACCUGUGCGUUUUCAGUGUCGUUUGUUUUUUGAAAAAUAUUUCUUUUUUUUCUACUUUGCGCGUGGACAAUUCAGCGUAUAAGCUUAAGUUAAGUGCCAUAAUUUUCUUCUUUUGUAUUUUAAGGCUUUAAUAUGGUUAUAUAUUUCAAACACACUCGCCAUUUGCAUCACUGUAUCGACACAGUACACUAUAUACCGAUCCCCUCACACACGCAAAUUGCUAUAACGGACAAAAGGAAAAUUAAUCAAAAUUAUGCAACAUUCGUUGUACAAAACCAAAUACUAGCGCAGCAGAGAGAGAGAGAGAGCAUUGAUACGAAAUAUAACUGCUUCGUACUAUAUGAAUAAAUAUUUAGCGGAUGGUAAAGUGAAAUCGGGUGCGAGACACCAAAAGUUGCAUUUAUUUACACCCGUUGGCAAUUGAACGAUAAUUAAGAAUGGGAUGUGAUUGCUAAAUAUGAUUUCCACAAAAUUUGCCAAAAGUAAAUCAAUCGAAUCGAAAGCCACUCGUUGCUUUGCGCCAAUUUGGUUUCAUGCAAGCUUCUUCUUUAGCACUUAGAUGCGCAAUAUCGCUUUCAUCCGACACACAGACACAAAAGCAAAAUGAAAAGUAAAACAAACAAAUUAACAACAGCUCUGUAGUAUAAUCCCCUAUGAUAAGCUCGCAAAAUCGCAUGUAAUCAAUGUAAUCACUUAUGGAAAGGUGUGUGAAACUAUGUUUAAGAACUUGAUAAGCUGAUUCAACCAAGGUAAAAGCAAACGAAAAAUCAUACCCAAACACAAUCACUGUUCAUUUGUAAGGAGAGAAAGAGUAAGAAAGAAUAACAACAGAAAAGGAAAAGAAAAACAUACACAAGAAAAUAACAAAUUUCAGUAACAACAUUACCCAAUUAAAUGUAGUGAUUGAUAAUUGCUUGCUUAACGUUGGCAAAACAAAAGGACACACACAGGCUUAGUACAGAACGUGAUUGAGGGUAACUUGCAAGAAAAGAAAAAAAAAACGAAAGACGAUUCGAACUAACAACUAAAACAGAAUCGAUGAACCACCUACUCUACUGGUGACUAGUAAUUGCAAAAAGUAAUAGAGCAAA